GAAGCUCAUGCUGGAAUGGAAAGAAACUAAUCUUUGGAAUACGUGAAACUAUGUAUAGGCUGGUAGAAAUGUUGAUCAGAAGAUUUUCCUUGGUUACCCCAAAUUAUAUCACAUAGUGGAUCAUUAUAGUGAUAUUCUCAGAAGCAUGAUUCUAUUAAGGUUCAAAGCAUUUACUAUGUUUCAGUUACUCGGGAUACAACAAUGAAAAUUAACCAUCUCCUUGCCUUUGUGCAAAGAUACCACAGGGAUAUCAGGAUGGAUUAAGAAAAUGGCACAGUAUCAGGGAAUGAUGAGUCCAAAGAUCAUUCACCCUUCAUUUUAUAAAUACGGAAAUGGACCCAGAAAGGUGAAGGGACUUGCCCAAGGACAUGUGGCUAGUAAAACAGAGUCUGGAGAAGAGAUUUAGUCCUUGGACUCCAAAUCCAAUGCCACUGUGCCUAAAGACUCCUGGCCAAGAUGAAGAGAUCCAAUUGAGAACUUCUCUAUGUUCUAUUUCCAAGGUGUUAGUUUCCCAGUGUAAUUCCCAGCCUCCUCUGCUGCCCCCUCCUGGCCCUGUAGAUCACUGCUGGGGGCAUUAAAACUGAGGGGUUGUGCCACAUUCAGAAAAGUGGGAGUGGGAAAUGCAGAUUAUCAGCUCUCCUGGGGACUGGAAGCAGCUGGGUUGCUAUCUGUCUGCAGAUGAGAGAACUGAAGAACGGAACAGAGAAAGAAAGUGUGUGCCUGGGAGAAAGAACCUGAAGUAAAAGCAGGCUUUCGAUGCAUGCAGCAGCAGCAGCAGCAGCAGCAGGUGGAGCCCCCGGCUGCAGUGUGGGCAGUAGCUCCUGGGAGAUCCUGACUUCGGUGACUUUCUCUUGUUGAAGACAAUACUCUUUCACCCAGAGGUUUCUCUGUCUAACUCUUCCAUUGGCUCAAAAGGUCUACUUUUGAGAAAACUUAACAAUGUCUGGUGGUCUGGAGAAGGCUUGUCACCGGUGCAUUUCUAAGAUCGCAAGUAAUGCCUGCUUCAUUUUUGCUCUCCUGGCUUUUCUGGCACUGCCCUUGUCCAUGGCUUUCGUAGGAAUGAAGUUUUUGGAAGACUGCCCUACUGAGCCACUCAUUCCCUUAUACUUGCUAGUGGGUGGGAUCAUCGGCAGCCUGAAGGUUUCCCUUCUGCUCUACGACUCCACGAAGAUGAGGCAACUGCUCUCCAAGUCUGUUGUGAUUGAUGAUGAUGAUGACGAUGAAUAUCCCUGGAGACAGAACGCUCAUAAAUACUACAUCCACCUCAUCCUCAGUCUCUUCCUCUUCAUCUGGUUCAUCCUGGGCAACUAUUGGGUCUUUUCCAUCUACCUGCCCAAUUUUAUUCCUCCUUUUCACCAGCCUCAGGAUUACUGUGAUAAAACCUUAUACCUCUUUGCUGUUAGUGUCCUGGUUAUAAGUCAUUCAGUGCUCUUUUUACUUGUCUUUUGUAGCUGUUGUAUAUAUGUCUUUUCUAGACAAAGAUAUACUGCAGAGGAAGACUAGGACCUCAGUCAUUCAAAAAAAUAAAACAAUGAAGAAGCCACAGAAAUGCCCUUGUGAAUGCCUUCCUACAGAGUGGGCUUUCUUAACAUGGGGGGUUGUGAACCUGUUUUAAAAAAUAUUUUGAUAACUAUUUCAAUAUCAUUGGUUUCCUUUGCAAUCCUGCUUAUUUUAUUUUUUGCAUUUGAAAACAUUAUUCUUAAAAGGAGUCAGUGAGGUGGUGCAGUGAAUAGAAUACCUGGCCUGGAGUCAGGAAGACCUGAGUUCAAAUAUUUUACUUAUUGUGUGACCCUGGAAAAGUCAUUUAACCUUAUUUGCCUCAGUUUACUCAUCUUUAAAUGAACCUAGAGAUGGCAAACCACUCUAGUAUCUUUGUCAAGAAAACCUCAAAUGGGAUCAGGGAAAAUUGGAUGUGACUGAAACAACUGAACAAUUUUCCCUAAGCUUUGACAAAUUUCCAAAAGGGCCCAUCAUUCAAAAAAAAAAGUUUAAAACCUCUGUUCUACACAAAACUUACUGAUUUUGUAGGGAACUCCGCUUUUUCCUUUUUCAUUCAUGUGAGACACAGUAGCUUGGUGCUGACAGAGGAAAGUUCAAUAAGUCAGCCAAUAAGUAUUUAUUAAAUGCUUACUAUGUGUCAGACACUCUUCUAAGCCCUGAGAUUCCAAGAAAAACAAAAAUAGGCGUCUGCCCUCAAGGAGCUUAUGUUCUAAUAGUGAUGGAAAGGAAACAUCACAAAUGGAAGGGAUCCUUUUUUGGAGAUUAGUAGCCAUGUGGUAUUGUAAAACUGUUGUCUUGGCUUUGAGUUUAUACUUCUCCCUGCUCUCUGCUCUCCAGCCCCUGUCUAGAAUUUAGUUGAUGGAUAUAUUGUAGACAGUGAUAUCAAACUCAAUAAGAAAUGGUUAUCUAUCUAUCUAUCUGUCUGUCUGUCUGUCUUUCUGUCUGCCUAUAUAUCUAUCUCUCUUUCUGUCUAUCCAUCUAUAUCUGCCUUCCUAUCUACCUAUAUGUCUGUCUGUCUAUCAUCCAUUCAUCCAUCCAUCUAUCCAUCCACCUACCCACCCACUCAUCUGUCCAUCCAUCUGUCUGUCAACCUAUCUAUCUGUCCAUCCAUCCAUCUAUUUACCUAACUACUUAUUACCUAUCUAUCUAUCUUCUGUCUGUCUAUCUCUCUGUCUAUGUGUCUAUGUAUGUAUGUAUGUACCUUUCUCUCUGUCUCUCCAUCUGUCAAUCUAUCUAUAUAUGUAAGAAUCUCUGUGGGCACAUGCUGACCUAUAAAACCACAUAUUGACAUUAUCUAUGUUUUAUUGCAUCUUUAUUUUCCAAAUUAUGUUUUUAUCUGGUUCGGGCUAAUAAGCUACCCGUGGGCCACCUAUUUGAUACUUUUAUUGUAGACAACCAGUCUAAGUGAGCCUGUGGACAACCUGCAUGUAUUUGAGGCUGCUGUCCCUAAAUAUACAGUGAAAUGAGCACCUUCUUAACCUGGCUGAGGUUGAACAUUGAGCUUAGUAUACCUUUAUCCUUUUUUGGUAUCCGAGGUUAGGUUAACCUUCUACCCAAGAGAGUGGCUAAAGGAUAGAUGUUUCUUCGGAGGCUUGUUUUCUUAAUGAAUAAGGUCAGAGGGGAUGCUAAUUUCAUAAUUUACAGAAAUAGAUCCUGUAUAAACAGAGGGACCCAGAUGUAUAUUACUAGGUGUAAAAUGGGAUUUUUUUCUUCUUUCCCAAUCAGGUACAUGUGCUGUACAUAUGCAUGUUUUUAUGGUGCCUGUCUCAAAAAAAAAAUGCCUUCCAAUACAUUCUAAUCUAAACCAGCAACAGAGUUGCAGUCACUUGGUGGCACACUACCUUUUAGAAGAACUAUCUGGGUUAUUCAAAAAGCAGAUUCCCUUCUAUAGUUUCUUCACUGAAAAGCACACAUGGUUCUCAGGGAGGCAUACUCUUCAGUCUUUCUAAUAUUGUCAUGUAUAAUGCAUUACGAAAUCAUGGGAUUGAGAUGUGGAGAUGAUUUAGUCCAAUCCUCAUUUUGAAGAGGAAGACUGGUCCAUCUGGGCAGCAAGAGCAGUUCACAGAAUCACAGACUAUUGGUGUCAGUCAACAAAUAAUUAUUAAGCUUCUACUAUCAGCUAGAUGCUGUGCUAAUUAAGCAGUAGGGAUAUUAAAAAAAAAAAAAGACAAAAGUAAGUCCCUGCCCUCAAGAAGCUUACAUUCUAAUAAGGAAGAUAACAUGCAAACAUACAUGCUACAUACAGGUUAAGUAGGAAAUAAUCAGCAGAUGGAAGGUGUUAGAUGCUUUCCAUCUUCUGUAAUGUGGAGUGCCUGGAAUUGAACAUAGUACUGCAGAUGUCAUCUAACUAGGGCAGAUUAUCACCUUCAUGCCAGAUGCUCUAGACCUCUCCUCAUGCAGUCUAAAAUGGCAUUCCUUUGCUUGAUUUCUUUAUCACACUGUUGACUUUUAAGUUGACUUUAUCACACUGUUUAUUUUAAGCUAACAAUACCAAAAACUGCCCCAAUCUUUUUCAGGUAAAUUUCUAUCUAGUCUCUCUAGCUUGUACCUGUAGAGGUUGGUUUCUUGAAGCCAAGUGUAAGACCUUUCAUUUCUUGCUAGUUUGAUCUUACUAGAUUCUACCCAAGUUCAUUUCUAACCCUAAAUUUGCUUCUAACCUUAACUCUAGUUCAGAGACUGGAAAACUCUGGAUUGGGCCAAAUUUGAAUUGUUUCCUUUUUUAUAUGGCACAUGAGCUAGGCAUGGAUGUACAAAAACAGGGGGUAGGCUGGAUUUAGCUCUCACGUGAUAACUUUCUGGCCCUUGUACUAGCCCAUUGAGCUCUUUUUGGAUCCUGACUGUCUUCUUGUGAGGACAUCUCAUUGAUAAAGUUGUCAAGCAGAUAAAGCCAUGAAGAUAUAUCAAAGGGUUCCCAUUUGGAGUUGAUCUUGUAAGUUGACAUCGAGUCAUUCAUUAAUGGCUAAUUUUUUUUUGUUCAGUCCUUCAAUUAGUUCGAAAUCCACUUAAUUGUACUCUAUUACCUAGCCCAGCUUUUUCAAUCUAAUCUAUAAGGAUAACAUGAGAGAUUGUAAAAAAUGCUUUGGUGAAACUUGAGUAGAGUUUUCAUUGCUUAAGGAACAAUGCUUAGCAAUGCUUUCUUGGUUGGGCAGAGGGGAGAAAGUCCUUGCUUUCUCUUCCUUUAGAUUUCAUCCAUGCAUUAAGGAAGUUUCUUGCUGGAGUAUAUAGCAGUGGCUGUUAUGGGAUUAUGAGAUUCUUUCCACUAUUUGUAAUCCUAUUGGUCUUGCUCCCAGAGAGCAAAAGUAUGUCUCCUCCUAGGGGAAACUCAGUUCAAAUGGGCAUCAUGUUGAUAUAAGACUGUUCACAUUAUCUAGCUAAGUUUCAAUGCAAUAUGGUAGAAUUGGAGCCCCUGAAAGUCCUGGUAGUUCCAAUUAACACUUGGAAAUCUACAUCAUCACCAUCAAUGACGAAUCUCCUGGAAGGACCAAUUUCUGCUAUACCUAUUGCAGUCAUCAUAGACUAAAGUGAGGAAGUCACUUGGUGUGUGUAGACCUUACUGUACCAGUAGAGAAAUUUGCUGUCAGUCCCAUUUACAAGCCCCAUGAUUUUAUGUUACUCCUGUACAUUGUGCUAUGCGACAAUAGGAUUAUAUUUUAGCAUGAGAUGAUGCAGAAUGAUAAUUGAUUUAUGUAUUUUUACAACUGUUGUAAACCUUUGCUAUCUUUAUUUGUAGGUCUUUUGUUUUUCUAACUUUGAAGAAAUAAACUUUGCACAAGCA